AUGUCGAGCAUACAAAACAUCCCACAAAGGAUCCCGCGCCUCAGCCGAUCUGGCACAGCCCUCACCUCCGCUGAACGGUGGCAAGCCGUGACCAAGCGCGACGCAACAAUUAAUAACUUCGUCUACGGCGUCCUUACCACAAAAAUUUACUGCCGCCCCUCAUGCCCCGCACGCCUAGCCCGGCGCGCAAACGUCGAAUUCUACGACACCCCCUCCCAAGCCGAAGCCGCCGGACUCCGACCCUGCAAGCGCUGUAAGCCACAAUGCGACCUCAUGGCGGCUGCCAAUUCGCAGGCGACAAUGGUCAAUAAGGCAUGUGAGAUGAUACAGGAGGCGCUGGGUGCAGGGAUGAAACCCAGUCUGCAAGAUCUGGCGACUCACGUGGGACUGACUGCGAGUCACUUCCAUCGCGUGUUCAAGAAGAAGAUGGGUGUUACGCCUGGGCAGUAUGUGAGCGGGAUUCUGGAGGAAUCUAGGGGUGGUUCGCCAGGGUCGGGGUCGAGGACCCCUGAUAAUGUGUCUAUUGUUGAAACGCCGCGCUUAGGUUUCAUGAAUGAAAGCGGGCUGGGAGUUAAGGAUACGAGUGAGAGCCUUGUGUUGUCUGGGACAUGUGAGCCGCCUGUCAUAUUGGACGCGUGGAACGCAUGGAAUGAGUUUGAUGUGCUGCUGGCUGCUGAGCAAGGGCAGAUUUCUCUGGAGACUACUGGCUCCAUAGAUCCCCGCAUCAUCUCGGCGAUGUGA